AAAGAAAUCGUCCAUGGCGCCGCGGUGCUGUGCUGCUUCAAACUUCACGCCAUUAGUACUAGAUUAAGGUACGUGGAGCCUUUACCAUGAACGAGGAGAGCCAAUAGAGCCUCUGUCAAUCACACCAUCACUGGGGUUUUAUUUAAAUUUUCCAUGAUGGGGGAUGGAAUGUUGUCACUGUCAUGGAACAACCACAGCACCACAUUCUGUCAUAUGCUGUCAGCUUUAAGGCUAAAGGAGAGGUACACAGAUGCCACUGUUGCGUGUGAAGGCAAAUUCUACCCGGUGCACAAACUGGUGCUGUCAACUUGUAGUCAGUACUUUGAGGAAAUGUUUGAGCACACAGCAGGCAAACAUCCGGUGGUGUUGCUGCAGGAUGUGCGGCGUGAUGAGCUGGAGGCGCUACUGAGCUAUAUGUAUGCAGGCAUUGUGAGUGUGGCACAGAGAGACCUCUCUAGGCUGAUCAAGGUGGCCGAACUCCUCCAAAUCAAAGGGCUUGCUGUACCAGAUGAAAUACCGGCAGAAAAGAGGAGUAAAGCAAGUAUUGGUCUCUCCAGCAGUGCUGAGAAAGCAUCCUCCAAGUCUCAGGCAUGUGAUGCGAGUGAUGACCGGAGCAGCCCGCAUCCCAAGAGAAGAAGACGAGGGGACAGUGAAGAGUCUUUACAGGGCAGGUCAGAAUCUCCCAACACCCUCUACAAUCCAGUGUCCCAGGAUUGCUAUAAAGCCGAUUACCACACUCAAGAACCUGCAGUAGAAGAGGCCACCCAUAGACUAGAGGAGGCAAGCUCUGACCCCUGUGAUGGAGACAUGGAGGAGCAUGACAAGAAGGGUCACUCUGAAAAGGCAAAGCACAUAGAGAACAGCCAGAGCAGUGACAGAUACCAAACACACACUCAGGACUCCUCGAGAAGCCAGUACAAGGAUGGAGGGGAGGAGGCCAUAGUUAUUAAGGAAGAGACAUGGGAAGAUGCCAGCGAGCAGCCCUCCUCCAACUCUUUAGGUGGAGGCAUGGAGUACUGUGGAGGCUUGCCAGCAGAUGCACCAGCAGAGGGUAGUACACAGGAAGACAAAGGUAGACUCAUGAUGCCUGCAAAGGACUAUGAAGACCAGAGCCACCAGACUCAGUUGCCCCCUCAGGCACUUCCAGAGGUGGUGGUAGAGGCUCUAGCAGGACCCUCAGGCAUGCAUGAGUGGCUUGGAGGCAGUGAGUUUAGUGGAGGAGUGGCCACCUCCGACAGCUAUGGCGGUGAAGGCAGCCCACCUCAGAACCCAGUGGCAAAAGAAAGCAGAGCGAGACAUGUUGGAGAAGCUGUAGAAGGAUCCACAGGUCGCAGAGGAGCUAGACUCAACACAGGCGCCAAGUUACACCACUGCACCUACUGCUCAUACUCCACCUACAGAAAAGAUCAUCUAAAGAUACACAUCCGCACGCACACGGGAGAAAGACCUUAUGGAUGUCCCCAUUGCCCAUCGCGGUUUGUUCAGACCAAUGCCCUCCGCAAACACCUCAUGAUUCAUUCCCGGGACAGAUCAUCUCUGCACAGAUGCACCCUCUGCCCCUUUUCCACAUCUAGGAAAGAUGCUCUCAUCCUCCACUUGUGUACACAUGCUGAAGAUAAGUCUCUGCUGUGCAAGUUCUGCAAUGUGCAGUUCUCAGACAGCAAUGUUUUCCAGGCUCACAUCCGCACUCAUGCCCAAGAACGAGUGUUACAGUGUUCCCACUGUCCCCAAACCUUCAAACACCAAAAGCCCUCACUACUCACAUGGAGACACACCAAUAGUUCUUCAGGAAGACUGUAUUCACCCACCUAUAGGCAUUGUCAAGAACUUGGGUUGGCUGCUAUUUGUGGAAGCAUUUACCUCUAGUGUUUGUCCAUUGUGCCCCAAAGAACCUAAUGAAUCUAAGAAGUUUUGAUGAAAUGAAUAAACUUUAUUCCUCAAUUUGAUCUCGAUACUAUUUGUGUAGGACAAGUUUUUUUAGUGUUGUAGAAUGUUAAGAUAAGACUAGAGUAUUGGUGGUGCAACAGUAUUAUGCUCAACGUUUCUGUGCUAAAUGUAUUUAGUAGGUUUUAUGCACUGUUUUCAUUGUGCAAGAGAUGUAAAGGUGACAAAGGAAAAAAGCCUGUACAAAUUAGAUCAGAGAUAAAGUAAGAUUUUUUAUGUUUGAUAAAUUAUGUAGUGUGUAUGAGUGCAGUUGCUGUGUUGUAUGUAUGUUUCUUAAUCGUAUAUAAGACUUCUAUCCCCUGCAUUGGUCAAAUGCUGGUGCAGGGGAAGGAAAGGGGUGUUCAGGGCUGGUAGCUUGGUCACGGUGCUCCAGUGUUUGUGUUGUUCCUCAGUUACUGCCAAAAACUUAGAGAAAAUAAACAAUAAAAUGCUGUUGGAGCAUUAGCAUUCACUGGUAAGAGACCAUUUGCCUGUCCUUAUUGCUACUCACCAUUCAUUGGGGAGUCACCUCAACAGCCAACAUUAGCUUUUCUUUGGCAAAAGGCCAGUUUGUUUGUCCAUCUUGUCUGCUUCAAGAGACCUUCAGGAGGCUUUUGUGGAGGCUUGUGUGGAGAUUGCCUGCAGCUACCAGUGAUAAGUGUUUUAUUGUAGAUUGUAGUCAUUUUUAUAAAUUGAAGUCUAACAUUUUCUCCAAAAAUAAUGUUAAUGGUAUGUUUAUUGUUCACCUUGACAGUCAUCAAUGUUUCAUGUUGUUUAUGUUGCUUACCAUGGAGAGACAGUAACAUGGUAAUACAAUUUUAGUUUUGUAAUGGAUUCAAUUUUAUUGUUAGGUAUUUGACUGAUGUGUGUUUGAGUGUUAGUGACACUGGUAGAAGUGUAGGGAAGAUAGUCACUUUCUAGCUCUAUAACACGGAAAAACAACCUGCCACUACAUGUACAAAGGUCAUGUAAGAUAUUUGUUGAGAAUGUGGAAUUGGUUGGCCAAAAAAUGUUAUUUGUAGUGCCAGUCUUUUAAGGAGUAUCUGUGUAUGAACAAAUACAUUUUAUAUAGCAUUCUGUCCUAGACAUGCAUUUUAAAGUACAAGAAAUGUUUCCCUGCUAAAUGGUUUGCACGUCCAUCAUCCUCUGAAUCGCUUUGGACAAAUGAAGACGUAUUUAUUCAGAGUUGCAGUCGCAUGCAACCUGUAACAAAUCAUAUGUAACUCCAUGUGGACCAGUCAUGUUCAAUUCAACACUGCCCAGAUGAUAUAGAAAAUUGUAAUGUGAAGUAUGAAUUGCAAUAGUCACUUUGAUAGUAUGUUUGUUUACUUAAUAAACACUAGACCAUCA